AUAAUCAGUAAAUGUGCGGGAACUACUUGUUAUUAUGGUUCUGUGAUUAUAUUAAAAUAUAUUAUAGUCUGUGAUUCUGGUUUUAUAUUUAUAAUAUCCACAGAUUAUAAAAAUACAAAUAUCACAGAUAAUAAUUAUAUGUAAUUGCCAAGUAAUACAACUAAUACAAUUCUUUCUCAGUUUGUCAUGAAAUAGUGAACUAUUAAAGUCGUAGACAAUAUAAACCAUUGAACCCAGCUAUACUAAUCAAUCACUAAUUCCUGCUAUUUGCAUUUAAAAAUGUGUUCAUUUUAAACUUGAGUAUUAAUCAUAAAUUGUCAGAGACACUGUGUGUACCUAUCAGAGAUCUAGAACCAGAAAACACUAGUGCCUUGUCAAAUUGUCCUCAUCAUAUCUAUUAAAUAUACAAAUAUGUGUAAUCGAUCUACAACUAUAGAUCAAAUUGUUAAAGAUCGGUUAUAUAUACGACUAAUUGAAACCAAAUGGGUCGAGAAAGUAGAAAAAUUAAUUUACGCUGCACUUCAAAAACGAAAUAAAGAAGGUCAAGAUUUGACUACUGUUAAAUUUGAAGAAUUGUACCAAGAAGUUAGCGCAAAAGCUCGUGAUGCGUUACCAGUAGAAAUGGAAACCGAGUUACAUGAAAAAAUGGAAGACUUUCUAUCAUCAGAUAUUGAUGGAAGUGAUAAUCCUUAUACUAUGAAUUUAUCGGCAUCUAAUUCUUCUUGUGCAGUAAAUGUUGAUACUCCUUUUGAUGGUUCCUCUCAUAUGUUAGCUGAUAGUUAGUUUUUAAUAGUACCUACUUUAGAUGUUACUACUAAUGGAGAAACAAAAAAUAAUUAAUAUUCAUAUUACUGAUUAAAAUGAUUGAAUGUGCAUUGUAGAGUAUAUGACAUAAAAAUAAGUUAUUUUAAAAUAUUCAGUUUCUAAUUAAUAUUUUGUAUCAUAAUCCUAAAAUUUUGAAAAAUUAUUAAAUCUUAUUUCAGGUGCAUUUAAAUGUAAUUUUAAUAUUUGAAUUAAACUUUAUUUUAUAUUAUUAUGUUAACAAAGUAUUAACAUUAAUAUUACAACUUAUAAGUACUUAUCUGCAACACCUGAACUAGAUUUUCUAAUAUUGAAAUAUAUUCAUUUCAUUGAACCAAAUACUUUUUACAUUGAUAAACUAAAUAAUAAGGUAACUAUCAGUGGUGUAGUGUGGGUAUAUGUCUUGAAAAUGUUAAGUUAAUGAAUUAGUGGGGGCUUUGUUCCCCACACCCAUUUUUGUUACGUGCAAUUAACUGAUUUUGUUGUAAUAUUAAUUAACAAUGCAUUUUGUGAUUAUGUACAGAAAAGUAAAAAACAUUUUCAAUUGUAUUAUAAUUUGACUAAAAGACCAACCACCAAAUAGUGUACCUAAAAUAUUGAAACAUAAUUUAAGUUUCACAAAAACUAAUUUGUAUUCUUAUCCAUGAAAAUUGUCUAUCUGUAAUAGUGUUAAAAAUAAUUAAAAUAUUAUUAAAAUAUUA